UCUAGUCCCAAGUUGUUGAGAUGUAUAUCUCGGGCAAAGACAAAUUGGGAUAUAUCAAUGGUGAUUUCCUACAACUUGAACCUACAGAUUCGACUUUCCGACAAUGGCGAACUGAGAAUGAAAUUGUCAAAGGGUGGCUGAUCAAUUCUAUGGACCCGACCUUGAUCAGUAAUUUCAUUCGCUUCCCACAUGCAAAAAUGGUAUGGGAUUCUGUUGCUACUACUUACUUUGAUGGAACUGAUACUUCACAAGUAUAUGAUCUAAAAAGACGGGUGACUAAAAUGAGACAAGCCGGAGGAUCCAUUGAAAAAUAUUACAAUGAUCUUCAAGGCUUGUGGAGAGAAAUUGAUUUUCGGUGUCCUAACCCGAUGAAGUGUGCCACUGAUAUACAAAAAUAUAAUACAAUCCUACAAGAAGACAGAGUCUAUAUUUUUCUUGAUGGAUUGGAUGAUCGGCUGGACAAGAUUCAAAGUGAUGUGCUACACAUACGUCAUUUUCCUACCAUAGAACAGGCCUAUGCUCAUGUUCGACGAGAGGAGAUCCGACAGGCCAUGAUGCUCAUAGGUACAGACACGACUGGAGCUGUUAUGGCAUCAAAAGGAGUCAAGAUAGGACAACAACAACCACCCUCUCUGCAGUUAUCCAAAAAUGGCUUUAUAGGUGCUGGAAAACUGAAUACCAACACCAGAGCCAAGACCCAAUAAGAAGGAGGAGGUUGUACUCAUUGUGGGAGCAUGAAACAUACCCGUGAAACCUGUUUCAUGUUACAUGGGUACCCAAACUGGUGGAAUGAGUACAAGGCCCGAAAAAAUCGUGAUGUUGCCUCUAAUGAAGGGCUUGGUUGGGCUGCCUUGGUAAUUGCAGCACCUCAGUUAUCAUUUACCUCACAAAUAGAGUCUUCGAGUGAUGAAACUCAUCUCAAUGAUCAAGGUAACUGUGGUUAUGCUCUACUAAGUUCUAUCCAGAAUGGUGACAAUGGCUGGAUAAUUGACUCCGGGGCCACGGAUCAUAUGACAUUCAAUUCAGAUGAUUUUAUUGAAGUUACCCAACCAAGGUGAACUGAUAUUGCGAACGAUAAUGGGGUUACAUAUCUAGUUACAGGGGCUGGAAUUGUUGCCGUAUCACCAUCUCUUUCUUUAUCUAAUACUUUAUUAGUUCCAUUCCUCUUAAAUAAAUUGAUGUCUGUAGGACAAGUUACUGAGGAACUAAAUUGUGUUACACUAAUGUAUCCUACCUUUUGUCUUCUUUAGGAUAUUCUCACCAAGGAGAUCAUUGGGCGUGGUACUAAGAAGGGGGGGUUAUAUUAUAUGGAUGACUUCAGCUCUGGUCAGGCUCAUCAUAUGCACCACGCAAGCCUUAAGGAGAGAGAUUUGGUUAUGGCAUCGACACUUGGGGCAUCCGUAAUUUAGCUAUAUGAAAUACUUGUUUCCAUAUUUAUUUUUCAAAUCACCUGACUCUGACUUUAAAUGUGAUACUUGCAUUCUAGCCAAAAGUCACCGUGUUUCUUAUUCCACAAGUUUGAAUAAAAGUGAUAUUCCUUUUGCUUUAA